CAGGACGCUGGAGGCCCAGAACAGCUCAGGUGCUCCCGCUGGGCCGGCCCGGGCCGGGCGCUUCCUGGGAGGGGGACCAAACUCCCGGCCUUCAGCUCUUGCCCUCCGGGUCUCCGGGCUCCGCACCUGCGCCCGCCCCCGGCCUCGCCCCUGACCUGUGCCCAGGGGCUGGGCGGGCCGAACAGCGGAGACCGGAGGGGCGGGGCCCGGCCGCCCUGAGAAGCUCCGCGGGCCCGGCUGGGCGAGUGUCUGGCCCUUUAAGGGCCGCCCCCGAGGAGGUGCCAGGCCCGGGUGGCGCCGUCCGUCCUUCCUGGUCCUGCGGGUCCAGGACUGUCCGCGGGGUUGAGGGAAGGGGCCGUGCCCGGUGCCAGCCCAGGUGCUCGCGGCCUGGCUCCAUGGCCCUGGUCACAGUGAGCCGUUCGCCCCCGGGCAGCGGCGCCUCCACGCCCGUGGGGCCCUGGGACCAGGCGGUCCAGCGAAGGAGUCGACUCCAGCGAAGGCAGAGCUUUGCGGUGCUCCGUGGGGCUGUCCUGGGACUGCAGGAUGGAGGGGACAAUGAUGAUGCAGCAGAGGCUAGUUCUGAGCCAACAGAGGAGGCCCCAAGUGAGGAGGAGCUCCGCGGGGACCAGACAGACUUCGGGCAAGGAUCCCAGAGUCCCCAGAAACAGGAGGAGCAGAGGCAGCACCUGCACCUCAUGGUACAGCUGCUGAGGCCGCAGGAUGACAUCCGCCUGGCAGCCCAGCUGGAGGCAGCCCGGCCUCCCCGGCUCCGCUACCUGCUGGUAGUUUCUACACGAGGAGAAGGUCUGAGCCAGGAUGAGACGGUCCUCCUGGGCGUGGAUUUCCCUGACAGCAGCUCCCCCAGCUGCACCCUGGGCCUGGUCUUGCCCCUCUGGAGUGACACCCAGGUGUACUUAGAUGGAGACGGGGGCUUCAGCGUGACGUCUGGUGGGCAAAGCCGGAUCUUCAAGCCCAUCUCCAUCCAGACCAUGUGGGCCACACUCCAGGUAUUGCACCAAGCAUGUGAGGCAGCUCUAGGCAGUGGCCUUGUACCGGGUGGCAGUGCCCUCACCUGGGCCAGCCACUACCAGGAGAGACUGAACUCUGAACAGAGCUGCCUCAAUGAGUGGACGGCUAUGGCCGACCUGGAGUCUCUGCGGCCUCCCAGCGCCGAGCCUGGCCGGUCCUCAGAACAGGAGCAGAUGGAGCAGGCGAUCCGUGCUGAGCUGUGGAAAGUGUUGGAUGCCAGUGACCUGGAGAGUGUCACUUCCAAAGAGAUCCGCCAGGCUCUGGAGCUGCGCCUGGGGCUCCCCCUCCAGCAGUACCGUGACUUCAUCGACAACCAGAUGCUGCUGCUGGUGGCACAGCGGGACCGAGCCUCCCGCAUCUUCCCCCACCUCUACCUGGGCUCAGAGUGGAACGCAGCAAACCUGGAGGAGCUGCAGAGGAACAGGGUCACCCACAUCUUGAACAUGGCCCGGGAGAUUGACAACUUCUACCCUGAGCGCUUCACCUACCACAAUGUGCGCCUCUGGGAUGAGGAGUCGGCCCAGCUGCUGCCACACUGGAAGGAGACGCACCGCUUCAUUGAGGCUGCAAGAGCACAGGGCACCCACGUGCUGGUCCACUGCAAGAUGGGCGUCAGCCGCUCGGCGGCCACAGUGCUGGCCUAUGCCAUGAAGCAGUAUGAAUGCAGCCUGGAGCAGGCCCUGCGCCACGUGCAGGAGCUCCGGCCCAUCGCCCGCCCCAACCCCGGCUUCCUGCGCCAGCUGCAGAUCUACCAGGGCAUCCUGACGGCCAGCCGCCAGAGCCAUGUCUGGGAGCAGAAAGUGGGUGGGGUCUCCCCAGAGGAGCGCCCAGCCCCUGAAGUCUCUACACCAUUCCCACCUCUUCCGCCAGAACCUGGGGGUGGUGGGGAGGAGAAGGUUGUAGGCAUGGAAGAGAGCCAGGCAGCCCCGAAAGAAGAGCCUGGGCCACGGCCACGUAUAAACCUCCGAGGGGUCAUGAGGUCCAUCAGUCUUCUGGAGCCCUCCUUGGAGCUGGAGAGCACCUCAGAGACCAGUGACAUGCCAGAGGUCUUCUCUUCCCACGAGUCUUCACAUGAAGAGCCUCUGCAGCCCUUCCCACAGCUUGCAAGGACCAAGGGAGGCCAGCAGGUGGACAGGGGGCCUCAGCCUGCCCUGAAGUCCCGCCAGUCAGUGGUUACCCUCCAGGGCAGUGCCGUGGUGGCCAACCGGACCCAGGCCUUCCAGGAGCAGGAGCAGGGGCAGGGGCAGGGGCAAGGAGAGCCCUGCAUUUCCUCUACGCCCAGGUUCCGGAAGGUGGUGAGACAGGCCAGCGUGCAUGACAGCGGAGAGGAGGGCGAGGCCUGAGCCCUCACACAUGCCCACGCUCCCCUGACACUGAAGAGGAUCCACAACUCCUUGGAGAAACAUCCUCACGUCUGUUGCUGCACACAUUCCUCUCAGCUCCGCCCCAUACCCGUCACUACAGCCUCACCUCCCACCCCUGUCACUACGGCCUCACCUCCCACCCCUGUCACUACGGCCUCACCUCCCACCCCUGUCACUACAGCCUCACCUCCCACCCCUGUCACUACGGCCUCACCUCCCACCCGUCACUACAGCCUCACCUCCUACAGCCUUAAGUCCCAGGCCCAUGUCUGCCUGUCCAAGGGCUCAAGACUUUCUAACUGGGAUGUGGUAGAGGGACUGAAGGUGCCUUUGGGGGCAACAGCACCCUAGUUUCAUUCUCAACUCUAGCCCUGCACACUCACCUGUGGCACGGAAUGAAAACAGAGCUUCCCGUGCAAAAAGGGUCACGCCUCCCACCCCCGCCCCCUCCCUGCACCUCCUGUCCUCUCCCAGUUCAUUCCUGGAACCAGCCAGGCCAGGCAACCAGUGGCCCCCAAAGGCAGGCAGGAUCCUCAAGCCCCAGCCGCGGGAGGCUGGAAGGGCUGGCAGAUCGCUUCCCUCAUCCACCUCGACCGGUCCAGGUCUUUGCUGCUGUCCCCAGACCUCCUGUUACACCACGCCAGAUCACAGGGCACCAGGCCAGAGAUAGUCUUCUUUUUGUCCUUUCUGGCCUCUGGCUAGUCAGUUUUUCAUAGCCUUACAGUAUCUGGCUUUGUACUGAGAAAUAAAACACAUUUUCAUAUUUGGUUA